UUUUUCCUCCUCCUCCCCCCCUCCUUCUUCUUUUCUUCCGACUCUCAAUGUUCGGCAGCCGGCCGGAGCCUGCCCGUUUCCCCGGCUCUGUAUCUUCAGGAUUCAAUUUUUCCGGCAACAAGCGGUGUGAGAGCAGUACGGACUUACUUCCAAGGUAAUAACUAGAAGAAGCUAAAUCUCCACCACAAUGUCUAGUGACAGGCAAAGGUCAGAUGAUGAGAGUCCAAGUACCAGCAGUGGAAGUUCAGAUGCAGAUCAAAGAGAUCCACCAGUACCAGAACCAGAAGAACAAGAAGAAAGGAAGCCUUCCGCUGUCCAACAGAAGAAAACCCCCAAAAUAUCCAGUAAAACCACUGCUAAACUAUCCACUAGUGCUAAAAGAAUUCAGAAGGAGUUAGCUGAAAUAACCCUCGAUCCUCCACCUAAUUGCAGUGCUGGACCUAAGGGAGACAACAUAUAUGAAUGGAGAUCGACCAUUCUUGGACCUCCAGGAUCUGUAUAUGAGGGGGGUGUAUUUUUUUUGGAUAUCACAUUUUCAUCCGAUUACCCUUUUAAGCCACCAAAGGUUACUUUCCGCACCAGAAUCUAUCACUGUAAUAUCAAUAACCAAGGAGUAAUCUGCCUGGAUAUUCUUAAAGACAACUGGAGCCCAGCAUUGACUAUAUCGAAGGUUUUGCUAUCUAUUUGUUCUCUCUUGACAGAUUGCAAUCCUGCUGAUCCAUUGGUUGGAAGCAUAGCCACUCAGUAUUUGACCAACAGAGCAGAACAUGACAGGAUAGCCAGACAGUGGACCAAGAGAUAUGCUACAUAAAUUGUACAGUUUGAAGAAGUGCAAGGCAUCUGUACAAUGUGCAUCAAAUCUUUAUAGCCUUUAAAAUAUGGACUUCUGUGUAUAUGUUAUAUUGAUUCUACUCUGCUUUUAUCCUAUGAAGACUGGUAUAUUGCCCAAAAGGUAAAUGCUAUCAAGAGUAGAACUACUUUGUAGCUGUAGAUUAGUAAUGUUAAAAUACCUACUUGCAAGUCUUGCUUCUUUGGGAUAUCAAAGCGUAUUUUGUGAUGUACUAAGGAUACCGUUCCAAACCAAAUAUUAUAGUGCAUUUUAGCCUAAUUCAUUAUCUGUAUGAAGUUAUUAAAGUUAGCUGUAGAUUAUUAGAAAUUAUGUCAUUUGUAUUAUACCCAGAAAUAUUUCCAAUUAUGUGGUACACGCUAUUGUGAAAGAUGUUUUACCUUUGUCAGUUUGUACUGAUAGAAUUUCUUUUUAUCCCUUUGUAGCUCAGAGAGCACCCAAUGUAUUAUCCCAAAUACAAUAAACAUGUUCCCUAAA